GAGAGAGGAAGCUCGCUGCUCCCCGGCAGAUACUUGCGUUUAUGUUUUAUGUUCACUCAACUCUUGAGAAAUGCUGUGCACUCAGUCCUACAUAAGCUCCCGAGCUUGUCCCAAAUCACAGCCCUGCCUGCCGCCUAGUACAGGGGUAAUCAAAGUGUACAGUGAAGACCACACCAGCCGUGCAGUGGAGGUGCCCAGUGACAUCACUGCCCGGGACAUAUGCCAGCUGUUCAUCCUGAAGAACCACUGCAUUGAUGACCACAGCUGGACCCUGUUUGAGCAGAUGCCACAUCUGAGUAUCGAGAGAACCAUAGAAGACCAUGAGUCAGUUAUGGAGGUUCAGUCAGGCUGGGGAAUGGACUCUCACUGCUGUCUGUACUUCAGGAAGAAUUAUGCCAAAUACGAGUUCUUCAAGAAGCCUCUAGACUUUUUCCCAGAGCACAUGGUGUCUGUAUCCAGUGAAAGCAAUGGAAUCAUGAACCACUCACAACUUAUACAGACCUUUCUCAGUUCCAGCUCUUGUCCUGAGAUUCACGGAUUCCUCCACGCCAAAGAGCACGGCAGGAAAUCCUGGAAGAAAUUCUACUUUGUGUUACGAAGAUCAGGACUGUACUUCUCCAACAAGGGCACAUCAAAGGAUCCCAGACACUUGCAGUUCAUAGCAGAGUUCGGUGACAGUGACGUCUACACGUUAUUAUCUGCCAAAAAAGUUUACGGCGCCCCGACAGACUACGGCUUCUGUGUGAAGGCAUGCAAGUCGAAUUCUGCACGUGACCUGAAGCUGCUCUGUGCAGAUGAUGAGCAAACCAGGACAUGUUGGGUUACAGCCAUGCGCCUCUUCAAGUACGGCAUGCAGCUUUACCAGAACUUCAUCCAGCCCUAUCAGAAGCAGAAGAGUUCUCCAAUGAGGAGCAUCUCGGAGAACUCACUGGUGGCCAUGGACUUCUCAGGACACAAGAGUCGGGUGAUCGAGAACCCGUCAGAGGCGCUGUCAGUGGCUGUGGAAGAGGGCCUGUCGUGGAGGAGGAAAAGCUGUCACAGGCUGAGCUCUCAUGGUAGUCCGUCCACCUCUCAGAGCUCCAUGUCCAGUAUAGCUAUCCAUGUGGCUCAGCCGUGGUUUCACAGCAAACUGUCCCGGGACGAGGCUCAGAAACUAAUCACCCAGCAGGGCCUCAUCGAUGGGGUGUUUCUGGUAAGGGACAGUCAAAGUAACCCGAGGACAUUUGUUCUGUCACUGUGCCAUACUCAGAAAAUCAAACACUUUCAGAUUGUACCGGUUGAAGAGAACGGUGAGCUAUUCUACAGUCUGGACGACGGACACACGCGUUUCACUGACCUGCUGCAGCUAGUUGAGUUUUACCAGCUGAACAGAGGCAUUCUGCCCUGCAAGCUUAAACAUCACUGUGCCCGCAUCACCCUCUGAUCCGCUGCGGGACGUUCUGGACAUCCGCUUGUGCCUUGGACAGGAAGCCGUUUCACUGUCCACUCCCUGAUGAGCAUUAGGGUCUGAACUCUAAGACUUUGAUAUGGACGAGCAUCGCUAAAGAGACUGGACUUCAGCGAGGGAUGAUCGUCUGUGGUGCGGCGCUGUAGAUGGGAAUGUAUAAUGUACUAUAUCCUGAUACAAACACUCUCAGUGUGGAUGAGACCACCUUAUUAAGCUAUCAAUCAAAGCUGAUGUUUAACGGCAGACCGUCUUGGGUCUCUAUGGUGUGAACAAAGUAAAGCCGGGUGCACAUGCUACGAUUUUUACUGUCAAUUCGCAGUCUAA